GAUAUUUUUGAAAUUAUAUUGUCAGUACUAGACUGACAUUACUGUUACAGUAGUAAUCAAAUUAAAAAUGGGUUUCUAUUCAUGUUUUGAAUUAUUAUUCUUUUUUAUGUGUGUAAUUACCUUAACUAAAUUUUCAACUGAGAUGUCCUUUUCCAAUGAAGAAACUAAUAACUAUGAUUCAGAUCAAAGUAAUGGAUCAAGUGAAGAAAUUUAUUUUUCAAAUGAGAGUAAUGGAUCAAGCGAUGAAAUUUAUUUUUCAAAUGAGGAUGAUGAUGUUGAUGUUGAUGGUUUAAAUUUAUCCGAUGUUUCAUGGGAGGAUUGUGAUUUGGAUAAUAUUGAAACAGAUUUAUGGCAUCUUUCCUUUGAGGAUGAAGAAAAACCAAUAGAAUAUGAACGAUUCGAUAUAUUCAAUCCUUCAAAUGAGAUAAAUUAUCCCUUAUCAUUUUAUCUUUCACAAAUAAAUGCAAAAAAAUUUGCUGUUCAUUCUGAUGUUAAGGGUAGAAUUAGUAUUAAAAAAAUGAUAGAUAUAGGACCCGAAUUUGAAGAAGAUCCAACUGAAUACCAAAAAUACAUUGCAGGGAACAUUGUUUCAGAUGAUGUAUGGAUGCCUGUCAAUUCAAUUUUUAUAUCAUUAUUCAAAAAAUUGAGAAAGUUUGAAAUUAAAUUUAACGAGGACCUUCUUAUUGGUGACACAAAUAAGAACGACACCGNAAAAAAAAAAACGUACAAGAUGAUAGAACACUUUUACGAUGAUAUUGGAGAUACUAAAUAUGUUAUUUGGACUUUUGAUAAAGAUGAAGAUGACUAUGUUAAGAAAUAUAGUUCAAAUACGCAAGAUGAUACGCACGAUCAUAAGCUUUUUUUACUUGGUUUUGAUGUUUUUAAACGUAUCAAAAGUGAUAUUAAGUAA